CAGGACGAAAGAUGGCUGAGCGCGGAUACAGUUUUUCCCUGACUACAUUCAGUCCGUCUGGCAAACUUGUUCAAAUUGAGUAUGCUUUAGCAGCAGUCGCCGCUGGUGCGCCCUCUGUUGGAAUCAAAGCUACAAAUGGCGUUGUAUUGGCAACUGAAAAGAAACAGAAAUCAAUCUUGUAUGAUGAACAAAGUGCACAUAAAGUGGAGCCAAUUACCAAACACAUAGGCAUGGUAUACAGCGGCAUGGGACCUGAUUACAGAGUCCUUGUUCGGAGAGCACGGAAACUAGCCCAGCAGUAUUACCUUGUGUAUCAGGAACCCAUCCCAACAGCCCAGCUGGUACAGAGAGUGGCUUCUGUCAUGCAGGAAUAUACACAAUCUGGUGGUGUACGUCCCUUUGGAGUCUCAUUAUUAAUUGCAGGCUGGGAUGAAGGCCGACCAUAUUUAUUUCAAUCAGAUCCAUCUGGGGCAUAUUUUGCAUGGAAGGCAACAGCAAUGGGAAAAAACUAUGUAAAUGGAAAAACUUUCCUUGAAAAAAGAUACAACGAAGACUUGGAACUUGAAGAUGCAAUUCACACAGCAAUCUUAACGCUGAAGGAAAGUUUUGAAGGCCAAAUGACAGAAGACAAUAUUGAAGUUGGUAUUUGCAAUGAAGCUGGAUUUAAGAGGCUCACUCCUGCUGAAGUUAAAGAUUACUUGGCUGCUAUAGCAUAGGUGGCCUACCAACACUGGGCAUUUGGUUGAUGUAGUUAUUUUUCAGCCACUAAGGAUUCAAAAUGUUUCUUUGCAGAUUUUUUUGCAUACUUUCUUAUUUCUACCUGUCACAGAUCUUUUUAAAAUGACAUGGGUCUACUCAGAAUAAACAAUGUCAAUUAGA